CUUUUCUUUCUUUAUUUGCCGUCUCAUAUCCUGGAGGGUCAGUCGGUCUCUCUUUUAAGCCAUAACAAAUCCUCCUCCUUCUCCUCUCUCAUUCUCUAAACAUUGUCAUGCCUCCUCCUUGGUCUUGAAUAAACUCUUCAACAUGUUCCAUAUUUCCCGCCGAAGAAAGCUCCUUCAUUCCAAGCUACACAAAACAGAGAUUCUUUGAUUUUGAGGACUUCAUAUUGUGGUCCUCAAGGGCCUCAACUACCGUUCCUUUUUAAAGCAGAAUAGAAAUUCUCUAUAAGCUCGCUAAAAAAUCAUGAUGGCGGUGAUUUCGACCUGCAAGAGUGGAAGCGAUGGCAAGGUGAGCAUGGACAAUGGUAAGUAUGUGAGGUACACUCCAGAGCAGCUCGAAGCACUGGAGAGACUAUACCAUGUAUGCUCCAAACCCAGUUCUAUGCGUCGCCAGCAACUCAUAAGGGAAUGCCCCAUUCUCUCCAACAUUGAGCCUAAGCAGAUCAAAGUUUGGUUUCAAAAUAGAAGAUGUAGAGAGAAGCAGCGGAAAGAGGCUUCGCGCCUCCAAGCUGUGAACAGGAAAUUGUCCGCAAUGAAUAAGCUAUUGAUGGAGGAGAAUGAUAGGUUGCAGAAGCAGGUGUCUCACCUGGUGUAUGAGAACAGCUAUUUCCGCCAACAAACCCAAAAUGCCACCCUUGUCACCGCUGACACAAGUUGUAAAUCGGUGGUGACCAGUGGUCAGCACCAUUUGACUGAUCCCCAGCAUCCACCAAAGGAUGCCAGCCCUGCAGGACUUUUGUCUAUUGCAGAGGAGACUUUAACAGAGUUUCUCUCAAAGGCCACUGGAACUGCUGUGGAUUGGGUCCAAAUGCCUGGGAUGAAGCCUGGUCCGGAUUCCAUUGGAAUCGUUGCUAUUUCUCAUGGUUGCACUGGUGUGGCAGCACGUGCAUGCGGUCUUGUGGGUCUAGAGCCUACAAGAGUUGCUGAAAUCCUUAAAGAUAGGCCUUCAUGGUACCGUGAUUGCCGAUCUGUGGACAUUGCAAAUGUGUUGGCCACUGCAAAUGGUGGAACCAUUGAACUUCUUUACAUGCAGCUCUACGCUCCAACUACUUUGGCUCCAGCUCGUGACUUCUGGUUGCUGCGUUACACAUCUGUUUUGGAGGAUAGUAGUCUCGUGGUCUGUGAGAGGUCACUUAACAACACCCAGAACGGUCCAAGUAUGCCCCCUACACAGCACUUUGUGAGGGCAGAAAUGCUUUCUAGUGGGUAUCUGAUCAGACCUUGUGAAGGGGGUGGAUCAAUUAUACAUAUAGUUGAUCAUAUGGAUUUGGAGCCAUGGAGUGUACCUGAAGUCUUGCGUCCGCUUUAUGAGUCAUCGAUAUUACUUUCUCAGAAGACAACAAUGGCGGCAUUACGCUAUCUGAGGCAGAUUUCUCAAGAAUUAUCUCAGCCAAAUGUUACUGGUUGGGGAAGAAAACCUGCAGCUGUACGUGCUCUUAGUCAAAGAUUGAGCAGGGGCUUUAAUGAAGCUGUUAAUGGGUUUACUGAUGAAGGAUGGUCUAUGUUGGAAAGUGAUGGCACUGACGAUAUUAUCCUUCUUGUGAACUCUUCUCCUGGAAAAACAAUGGGUCUGAAUGUUUCUUAUGCUAAUGGGUUCCCAUCUAUGAGCACUGCGGUACUUUGUGCAAAAGCAUCUAUGUUAUUACAGAAUGUGUCACCCGCAAUGCUACUUAGAUUCUUGCGUGAACAUCGAUCAGAAUGGGCAGACAAUGGUAUCGAUGCUUAUGCAGCUGCUGCUGUUAAAGCUGGUCCCUGUAGCUUACCAGUCCUUCAAGCGGGAAGUUUUGGGGGUCAAGUUAUUCUUCCAUUUGCUCACACAAUUGAGCAUGAAGAGUUUCUGGAGGUUAUUAAGCUUGAAAAUAUGAGCCCUUAUCCAGAUGACAUGAUUAUGCCUGGUGAUGUCUUCCUCUUGCAACUUUGUAGUGGAGUGAAUGAGAACUCUGUUGGUACCUGUGCUGAACUCAUCUUUGGUCCCAUUGAUGCUUCCUUUUCUGAUGAUGCUCCAAUCCUUCCCUCUGGAUUCCGCAUCAUUCCUCUUGACUCUGGAACGGAUAUCUCCAGUCCAAACCGUACACUGGACCUCGCCUCAGCUCUUGAAGUUGGAUCUGCUGGAAGCAGAUCAUCUGGUAACUUAACAGGCCAGUGUGGGAGCUCCAAGUCGGUGAUGACAAUAGCAUUUCAAUUUGCAUUUGAGAUCCACCUUCAGGAAAAUGUAGCAUCCAUGGCUCGGCAAUAUGUUCGUAGCGUUAUUGCAUCAGUUCAGCGGGUGGCAUUGGCACUCUCUCCUUCACAGUUUGGACCUUAUGCUGGUUUAGGGCCACUACCUGCCACUCCGGAAGCACAGACACUAGCUCGUUGGAUCGGUCAGAGCCAUAGGUAUUUUCUAAACGUAGAUCUACUCAAAACUGAAGGAAGUGAAUCCGUUCUAAAAACAUUUUGGCAUCAUUCUGAUGCAAUUAUGUGCUGCUCUUUGAAGGCCUUGCCAGUUUUCACAUUCGCAAACCAGGCUGGACUAGACAUGCUUGAAACAACAUUGGUCACGCUUCAAGACAUUACACUGGAAAAUAUAUUUGAUGAUAAUGGAAGGAAAAUAUUAUGCGCAGAGUUCCCACAAAUAAUGCAGCAGGGUUAUAUGUGCCUUGAAGGUGGUAUUUGCUUGUCAAGCAUGGGAAGACCAGUCUCGUACGAGAGAGCAGUGGCAUGGAAGGUUUUGAAGGAUGAGGAGACUGCACACUGCAUUUGCUUCAUGUUCAUUAACUGGUCUUUUGUUUGAUGACCACUUCACUGAUCAUUUCAGACCCAAAUUAUUUGGAGAAGAUAUAGAUUUUAGAGCAGUCUCUUCUUUUGUCCUUUCGGUAUGAAAAAAAAAAAAAAAAAACUUGUUUUGCUUUGUUACCAUAUCCGAGCAUGAAACAAGAAGUGAUAUUCAAGGGUGUUGGAUUGGGAAAGGUUCGCCACCAACCCAACAACUGAUUUUAUGAAACUCUCAUAAUGGAUAGUUGGGAUUGUUGACUAGCUUAAACAAGCAAA